UAAACACACAGCUCUUACAAAACACCUAGAUUUAACAUCAGGAGAUGGCCAAGAGACACCCCAUCAAUAAUACUGAUUUCGUAUGCAUUACCAUCAGCCCAUCGGAAACACCGAGCGAGGCGUCGAUUGUGAUACACUAUCACAAUGUCACUUCCCCAAAACAUGCACGUGGCUAUGCAGGACCCUUACAAUGAGCUCCUGCAUCUGCGCGGAGUUACGAUACUUGGCCGCAACAGGCCUGAUGCCUACAGGUAGAUGUACAGUUACACAUAUUAUCCAAGCAUAGCAUCCGGUCGUCGAAGAAGCCACGCCAUUGGGAAGGGAGAAUUGGGCAGUCCCUUGAUCGUAGCUAUUCAAGAAGGGCCUUUCAAUAAAUCUCUAUCUCUCAUCGAUG